CAACAAACGAUGAUUACAGAAUGAUCACAACAAAACUCAAAAUGAAAAACCCUGGAAUCUACCGUCGAGGAAAUCCUGCCGUGUUAGUAAUUCACUAAAACUAAGGACACUUUCAUGGAAAGAUCAUGAAUGGAGAUCUGUGUGACACAACUUCAGGAAAGGUGCAAAUCCCUGUGCCUCACACAGUGCAGAAACACUCAUGGGACUGUGGGCUAGCCUGUGCUGUCAGUGUCCUCAAGUUCUUGGGAAAAGACACUGAUGAGAUUUACAGUCGUGAUCUGGCAACAAUGGGGUGUGGUGAAAGUGUAUGGACCAUUGACCUGGCUCAUCUAAUGGCUCUACAUAGCGUGAGACACAUGUUUUGUACAACACUCCUGGGGGUGGAUAAAAGCUACUCCACAAAGUCAUUCUAUUCACGUCACUUCACAGAGGAUGAAAGAAGAAUCAACCAACUCUUUGAGGUCGCCAGCAAUCAUGGGAUUUGCUUUGAACAGAGAUCUGUCUCAACGGAGGACAUCUUCAAACAUCUCCUGUCUUCAAACCUUCUCAUUGUUCUGGUAGACUGGGAACAUUUAGAAUGUGUCUGGUGUGAUAUGAAGAUAUGCCCCUCAUUAAAUUGUUUUAAGUGUUGCGGUGGGUCUUAUCAAGGACAUUUUAUAGUUGUUUGUGGUUUUGACAGAGACCAUGGCCAUAUAUAUUACAAGAAUCCCUCCUAUAGAAAAGAACUAUGUUGCAGCCGUAUAGACAAGUUUGAAACAGCCAGACGAAGUCAUGGAACAGAUGAAGAUAUUUUAUUUGUGUAUCAAGAAACAAACUGUCAAGAUUCACCCCUGGAGAAAGCAUCAAAUUCACACAAUCCCAUAGACAUCUCUGCUGAAUGAAUCCAAUAGGAAGACCUGUACUGAUGUAGCUCACAUAUCUCUAUGGCUUGAAGGACCUGUGCUGAUGUAGCUCACAUAUUCUCUCUGGCUUGUAGGACCUGUACUGAUGUAGCUCACAUAUUCUCUAUGGCAUGUAGGACCUGUACUGAUGUAACUCACAUGUUCUC